AUGGAAAAUACCACACAGCAACUCCAUUCCUCGAGCAACAGAAAACCAAAAACAUUACAAGUAUCUUUACUUGCUGUUGCUCUUGUUCUGUUGCUCUUCUUAGCCUCUCCUGUCAGCUCUUGCAAUGAAGAGGAGAAGACCUCCCUCCUUGGGUUCCUCGAUGGUCUCUCUCAGGCCUCUGCCCUCAACACUUCAUGGAAAAAUGACACAAAUUGCUGUUUGUGGGAGGGCGUUACUUGCAAUGAGGAUGGGGCUGUCAUGGAUAUCUCUCUGGCUUCUAUGGGCCUUGAGGGGCACAUAUCACCCUCACUUGGCAAUCUCACCGGCUUGUUGAGGCUCAACCUGUCCGGCAACUUACUCUCCGGUGAACUACCACCGGAGCUGCUGUUGUCCAGUUGCAUCGUCGUCCUCGAUGUUAGCUUCAACAAGCUCAAUGGAGAGUUCCACGAGCUGCCAUCCACCCAAGAACUGGCAAUAAAGGUAAUCAACAUCUCAAGCAACUUUUUCACAGGAUAUUUUCCAUCUGACACACUAUAUGGCAUGAAGAAUCUGGCCAGUCUCAACAUGAGUAACAAUAGCUUUACCGGGAAAUUUCCGAGCACGGUUUGUGUUGACAAGCCGUUCUUUGUGGUGCUUGAUCUCAGUUACAACCAGUUUCAUGGUGGCAUACCGCCAGAGCUUGGCAACUGCCCUGUGCUGCGAGUGCUUAAGGCUGGACAAAACCAAUUCAGUGGGACACUCCCCUUUAUCCUUGACCUUGCUGGGAAUUGGCUAAAUGGUGAAAUCCCAGAUUCUAUUGGGCAGCUCAAGAUGCUGGAGGAGCUUCACUUAGACAAUAACAACAUGUCUGGAGAGCUUCCAUCAUCUCUGAGUAAUUGUUCAAAUCUCACAACCUUCAUCCUGAAGGGCAAUAACUUCCACGGGAAACUCACAAAUGUCAACUUCUCCACCCUACCCAACCUAAAAUUUCUAGAUUUUAGAUCAAACAAGUUCAGUGGCACACACAGUUCCAGAAAGCAUCUACUCUUGCAGCAACCUUAUUGA